AUGCGGCUUUUCGUUCGCGCGUUGCUGCUGCUACUAGUUGGCAUAGCAGCGGCGCUAUGUGUGGCCAAAAACCCAGCGGACUCGAUUUUAUCGGCCGUUGUGAAGGUUAAGAAGUCAGAGGCUGUGUUUUACGCGUCCAGCGCUGCCGAGGAGAACUGGGGUGCGUCGCUGGAGGCCCAGAAGCUUAGCGACGGUGAAAGACACGCUUUUUAUCCGUUAGUGUAUAAUGCAACGGGGCUGGGUGAUGGAUUCGGCUGCACAUCAAAGGAGACAUUGCUCAAUCAUAGCACUAGUGGUAAUGUCUCUGUGUCUUUCAAUUUGUCAGGCACUAGUAGUGCAGCCCUGCUUGGACUGCCUGACGAGCCCUUUGUGCUGCUAGUGGAUCGAAGCGGUUGUACUUUUGCAGAAAAAGCGUUUUACGCACAGGAAUUAGGGGCUGCUAUUCUUAUUGUAACAGAUACUCGGGAACAGCUUCACAAUCGCGUCAGUGCCGCUGGUACUUCUAAAGAAGAUAAGCAAAUGGAGUAUAGCUGCUCGCGUGGUUCAGGCAACCUUGACUCAAAUGUAGAAAUUAAUGACUUUACUUCCUCUGUAUGGGCAGAGGACACGGGUGUGCGAUCUUGCGCGGGUAGCAGCAGGUGCUCAUCGCACAUGUGCACGCCGUCAGGUGGUGCGAACAAGCAGGUAUGCUGCGUGUGGGAUAUUCCUGAUCUCAUGGGCUUCAACACAUCGAACGUUGUUACAGACAAGAGUAGCGUGAGCGGCAUUGUUGUUGUACGAAUCUCCAUUGCUGACGGUGAUUCGCUAAAAAGGAUGUUGGCGUCUAGAAGCGAGGACAAGGACGGUCAACUGUUGAUAUCUGUGUACGAGCGCGAUCCGCCUCUCGUCGAUCCUUCUCAGGUCAUUCUGUGGAUUGUUGCUUGUGCAACAGUGCUGAUUGGGUCUUACAAGGGUGCAGCCUAUGAACGAACUAAGGCUCAGCUUAAGGCCGCACUUAUCGCUGCUGAUGUUACCUCUUCAGAUGCUAUCGCUCUAGCUCGAGUGGCGUAUGAGGAGCACGACGAACAGGUUCCAGAACAGGAGCAUUUUGAUUUGAAAUCCUGGCACGCGCUCGCAUUUUUGGUGCUUGGUUCGGGUAUUUUGUUUUUGCUAUUUUUUGUAAAUUUGGUGAUUGUGGUUGUGAUAAUCUUUGGAAUUGGAGCCGUGUUCGCUACCUUUCAGAUUAUAUGGGCGCCCCUUAUGCGACGUUUUCCGAUAAAAAUCUUGCAUAAGCUACCGUGGCGGGAUGUCUUAUGGCAAUGGGAUCGUAUACUGGUGCCUGCGACGUGGAGCAUUGGAAAUUUGCUUGCGCUGGUAUUAUCGUGUGGAAUUGUGCUCCUUUGGUUUCUUGUUCGCUUUCAUUCGUAUUCGUGGAUUUUUCAGGAUAUUUUUGGUGUAUGCUUUUGCCUUGUGUUUUUGCGAAGUGCUCGGUUACCUAAUGUGAAGGUGGCCUCGGUGCUGCUUGUCCUGGCCUUUUUGUACGACAUUUUUAUGGUGUUCAUUUCACCGUAUAUAUUCAACAAAAGCGUCAUGAUUAAGGUAGCCACAGGCGGUGCACAAAGCACUGCCACUGGUGGUGUAUCAAGUGGGUACUGUCUACGCUAUCCUGCUGAUACAAAACAUGAUUGUCACGGUGAAUUGAUGCCGAUUUUACUUCGAGUUCCGAAGGUGCUGGACUGGAGAGCAGGAUCUUCACUUUUGGGCCUUGGCGACAUCGUGCUACCUGGUUUGCUGCUAGUAUUCUGUGCACGAUACGACUAUGCUACACGUGGUCAGCUAUUUGGGCGUUUAGUGCCUCCGCAUGGCAAAGCAUUUGACCAACGCCCGGUAUGUCAUGUCUUGGACGGCUCGCUAGCAACGACACAUGGAGAUGACGCCGAUUUGGACAUGAUAGGAGCAGAGCUUGGCACAAAAAGGCACUAUCCAUGCCGGCGUGGGCUAUUCUGUUUGCUAAUAUGGGGUUACACAGUUGGUCUACUCCUCGCUAAUAUCGGCGUCGUGACCUCAGGCAAUGGCCAGCCAGCAUUGAUGUAUCUAGUACCCUGUACACUUGGUGUAUUGGUAAUUGUGGGAUGGCGACGGGGAAUUUUAGGCAAGCUGUGGGUAGGCCCGCCAGAACUUGUCCCUGGAUAUGCUCAUCGCGAGAGCACCAUAAGUGGUGGUAGGCUAGAUAUUUACGGCGCAACGCGGUUUAUUGACCCUACUAAAUCUGCAACAAGCGAGCUGGUUCUACUCCAGCAGCACCAAAUUGGUACGGACACUCCUAUGUCGGGUGGGUUAUAUGAAAUAAGCGAUGACAGUCGUCCCCUCAGUUUUGUCCAGCAGCAUUGCGGCAAGUUUAAGCGGUAA